AUGAGACAGAUUGUUGAUGCGGAGAGACGGUUCAUGGAAGACUUUAUUAACGCCGAACGGGCCUCUCUAGAGGUUGACCGCGGGCCAUGUAGGUCUCCAUAUAGGCGGGCUUGUUUCUUUAGAAAUAUUGACUUCGAGCCAGAGAAUACCUUUUCUGCAUGCUUUAAAGCACCGGCUGAGCGCGAGCUAGAGUUCCGUGAAGGAUUUACGCCUUGCCUCGACGUCCCAUCCGACCACUGCAUGUCUCGCCCUACUAUUCGCCAUCAGGACUUUUCACCUAAGAUUGUUUUGGUAGAUACCUCUAACGACGUGAUAGGGAUCAUUGACUAUUAUUCUGCCUCCUGUCUGUGCGCUGGAAUCCCCGAUCAUUUUCAAAAUUGGGGUGAUCCAUUGUCUGAGAAAUUACCGAAGCCAGAGGUCAAGUUACCAGAAUGUUUUGAUUAA